GCUCCAUCUUGCUUGCUUGCUCCCCACGUUCAUUUGGCUGACCUGGCCGUCCUUUUCUGUUCUUGUUCUUCUUGCCUUUGCCAUCACGUUCAGUCGCUCGCUCGCUCCAGUCGCUCAUCGCGUCCACAGUCGCGUGUGGAAUAUACUACGCCACGAGGCUGUCUGUCGAGUAGACGCCCCCAUACAUUGCUCAUCAGCCAGCAAUUCACGACAAUCGUUACGAAAUACCACGACGUUCAUUCAUUUAUACUACAGACAAGUCGAUCUUUGAUCGACCACUAGCCAAGCUAAACCCGACGAUCACUCAACCCAGCCUCAGAUCUGCUUCCUAGACAUAUCGCUAGACGCGACAUUGUCCACUCCUCGUCACGAUGAAGGCAUCUGUCCAGGCCGUCUUUGGCUGGACGCUUGUUCUCCUGUCGUCGCCCCUAUGCGAGGCCAGCCACCAUCACAACCACCGCCGUCUUCACGAGGAACACCUGGAGCGCAAGCAUACACACUUGCACGAGCGCGAUCUCAAACUUGCUCCUACCUCUGACAUUGCCAAGAGAGGUACAACCUGCGCCUUCCCUGGCGAUGCCGACCCCAACCUGGUGGCCAUCACGCCAGACUCUGACAAUGCGGGCUGGGCCAUGAGCCCCGACCAGGCCUGUGUUGCGGACAGCUAUUGCCCCUACGCUUGCAAACCUGGAUAUGUCAUGGCGCAGUGGGAGAAGGGCUCGACCGUCAGCUAUCCGUCUUCGAUGAACGGUGGCCUGUACUGCGACAAGAAUGGUGAGCUGGAGAAGCCAUUUGACGACAAGCCAUACUGCGUCAAGGGUACUGGUACCGUGAAAGCCGUCAACAAGGCUGGUGGUGAUGUCUCCUUCUGCCAGACAGUCUACCCUGGCAACGAGGCCAUGAUUAUUCCGACUCUCGUCAAGGACAGUGUUACCAUUGCCGUCCCCGACACAAGCUACUGGUGUGAGACUUCAGCUCACUACUACGUCAACCCUCCCGGCACUGGCGCCGAGGGCUGUGUCUGGGGCGAAUCCUCGAAAGCCAUUGGCAACUGGUCUCCCUACGUGGCUGGUGCCAAAACCGACGCUACCGGCAACACCUUCCUCACGCUUAGUUGGAACCCUGAGUGGCAGAAGAUCUCCGCGCUGAACAGCCAGCCAGUCGAUUACAAGCUGGAAGUUGAGUGCGAUGGUGACUGUGUUGGCACGCCUUGUGGCAUCGACCCCUCCAAGGGCAAGGGUGACGUCCAGAGCUCCAACGCCGGCACUGGCGACGCUGGCAACAACUUCUGCGUUGUGACCGUUCCCAAGGGGAGCACUGCCAGCAUCAUUGUCAAGUCCUUGGACGGCUCUAGCAGCGGUGGAAGCAAGGACGACGAUGACGAGGAGGAAGAAGAAGAGGAGGAGGAGGAGCCUACGACGUCUUCAGCUGCUCCCUCUACAACUUCGCAGGAACCUACAACCACGUCUGAGGAGCCCACCACUUCGUCCACCACCUCAACGACCGUGGAGUCGACCACUGUGGUUUCGACAUCGACUACUUAUGAGGAGACUACCACCUCUUCCUCCUCCUCCUCCUCGACGCCUACUCUCUCGUCCACCGAAACUACCUCGACGAGCACCAAGAGGAAGAAGAUCACUGCCAAGCCCGGUAUCUUCCAGGAGUUGCAAAACUCAACGUCCACCAUGACAAGCGGCUCGCACAGCGCCACGCUCACCACUGGUUCCGACUCGGAGGCCACCGGUGACGCCGCGAAUGACUCUGGCGAUGAGGACGACUUCGCUAUCGCCCGCAAGGGCGACCCGGCCAUGGCCGGUCUGGUCGUCGCCUUUGUCGUGGCCCUGUACUUCUUCUAAGUCCAUGUCACCGGGCUGCCACGACAACGCUUCUCUUCCGAAACAUAUAUACCAUCCACACCCAUCCGACGAUGGCUUUUCAAGCUUUACGCGGCGGCCCCCCCCCCCCCUUCUUUUUGGUCAAGCAACAUUCUCAUGCUGUCGUUUUUUUCUUCUUUGACAGCUGGGCGUUUGGCACGUAUUUACUUCUUGUGAUAUACCCUUGCAGCAUAUAUAUACAUUUGGUGGUGUUCUUCUGGUUACAGUACAUGUGGGAGGGCGGAGUAGG